AUGGAUCAGUCAACUCUCUCCCCUGCUGACUUGGCAGACAUCUACUCUGUCAUCCCUUUCAAUGUUACCCAGGAUGAUUUCUUCGGUCUGGUGUCCAACAGCAGUGUCGGCUCACAGAACAGGAAAAGCGCUUCUGGCAUGAUUAUCGCCGUGUGUAUCACGGCGCUCUACUCGGUGAUCUGCGUUGUGGGACUCCUUGGAAACAUAUUGGUCAUGUACGGCGUGGUAAGAUACACCAAGAUGAAGACGGCCACCAACAUCUACAUCUUCAACCUGGCACUGGCCGACGCGCUGGCCACCAGCACGCUUCCCUUCCAGAGCGCCAAGUACCUGAUGAACACCUGGCCGUUUGGCGAGCCGCUGUGCAAGCUGGUCAUCGCCAUCGACUACUACAACAUGUUCACCAGCAUCUUCACGCUGACCAUGAUGAGCGUGGACCGCUACAUCGCCGUGUGCCACCCGGUCAAGGCGUUGGACUUCCGCACCGCCACCAAGGCCAAGGUCAUCAACGUCUGCAUCUGGAUCCUGUCCUCCGCCGUCGGGGUGCCCAUCAUGGUCAUGGCCGUCACCGUGCCUGUGGUGGACCAAGACAUAACCAUCUGCACCUUGAGGUUCCCCGAGCCUGACUGGUACUGGGACACGGUCACCAAGAUCUGCGUGUUCAUCUUCGCCUUCGUGAUGCCCGUGCUGGUCAUCACCAUCUGCUACGGCCUGAUGAUCUUGCGGCUGAAGAGCGUGCGCCUGCUCUCGGGCUCCAAGGAGAAGGACCGCAACCUGCGCCGCAUCACCCGCAUGGUGCUGGUGGUGGUGGCGGCCUUCAUCGUCUGCUGGACGCCCAUCCACAUCUUCAUCAUGGUGAAGACGCUGGUGGACGUGGACACCAGCAACCCGCUGGUGGUGGCCAGCUGGCACCUGAGCAUCGCGCUGGGCUACACCAACAGUAGCCUGAACCCUGUGCUCUACGCCUUCCUGGACGAGAACUUCAAGCGCUGCUUCCGCGACUUCUGCCUGCCGUUCCGCUCGCGCCUGGAGCAGAGCAGCUUUUCUCGCGCGCGCAACGCCACCCAGGAGCCCGUGUCCGUGUGCGCAAGGAGGCAACAGCAACGAGAAGAAUAUGGAAACGACUAA